UCAGUGCAACAGGUUAAGGGACACAAACGCGUGCACUUCUUGCAGUCGGUAAUGGAGUAAUUUUACCAAUAUUUGGAAUUAAAUACUAAAUUUAUUUAGCCAUUUUCAAAUUGGUCUAUUAUUUUGUUUGUGUAAGUCAUAGUGAUGAGAAAAACCUGUGAUAUUUUUUAUUAGUAUAUUUGAAGAGUUUACGCGAAACGUUAUUAAUAUUAUACUCAAAUUGUUAUAUGAUUUGUCAGUGCAUCCUACGAUUUCAAGGAAAGAUAGGAAGUUCAUUGAGUAAUUGGGAAAAAUUAAAGGUCGAUACUUCAUUAGUAUAGAAUUGAAGAGGAAUGUAUUAAAUAAAAAGUUCAUCGAGCGGCAGUUCGUCAAAAUUGCAACGGUGGCGGACAAAGCAUCACGCCCGGUUCGCGGCCAAGCGGCCGGACUCGAACUAAUGCCUUCCAGGCACGAAUUUGGCACUGGGUUGAAUUUCCUAGAUGCACAAGGUUCCGACUUCGAAUAUGCUUUGUCAGCAACUGGUUUUGGCAAAUUUCACUACCUUCUAUUGACAGUAUGUGGCCUGAUAUACAUGAAUACUGCUGUCGGCAUAACAAUAUUGUCUUUUGUUUUGCCUUCGGCGACGUGCGAUUUCCAGAUGACUUCUGCAGACAAAGGGUGGUUAACAGCAGCCCCAAUGCUAGGAAUGGUGAUCGGAUCAUACUUCUGGGGUUGCUUAGCUGACACUAGGGGGCGAAAGACUGUUCUUAUAGCUUCUUUAACAUUGGAUGGCAUAUGUGGGUUGGCAUCAUCUAUAUCACAAUAUUUCUAUUUAUUUAUGUUCUUCAGGUUUUUGAAUGGAUUUGGUAUAACUGGAGCAAUGGGUAUUUGCUUCCCCUAUUUGGGAGAAUUUCAACCAACAAAGUAUAGGGAAAAGAUAUUAUGUUGGAUGGAGUUAUUUUGGACUUUCGGUAUAAUCGUAUUGCCAGCUAUUGCUUGGGGAGUAAUUCCAUUACAUUUUCGAUUUGAAACUCCCCAUUUUCUAUUCGCUAGUUGGAAUUUAUUUGUUGCUUUAUGUGCUUUGCCAAGCUUAUUGAUAGCAUUAUGGUUAGUCAUGUUUCCUGAAAGCCCUAAAUUCCUACUGGAAUGUGGUGAAACUGAAAGUGCAUUGGCGGUCUUAAGAAGAAUGUUCGUCGAAAAUACUGGAAAUAAAGCUGAAGAUUAUCCAGUAACAAGCUUGAGAGAGAAGGUUCGUUAUUUGAGUACAUCUACUGAGAAACCUUGUAGAAGUGUAAGAAGUUUAAGUGUUUUUAAACCACAAGAACUUAAGUUGUUGUUGAUUGAAAUUUGGGAGCAAACUAAAGCACUGUGCAGGCCACCAUACUUGAGAAAUACUGCUCUUACCUGCGCCAUACAAUUUGGUCUCACGUCCAGUUACUAUACUUUGAUCAUUUGGUUUCCCGAACUUUUUUAUCGCUUUGAAGAAUUUGAACAUGCUCACCCAGGUGAGAUUGCAUCAGUCUGUGAUGUCUCCUCCAUUGUCGUCGGGGAUGAAGAUUUGUGUGGAGAUCCGGUCCAGGAUUCAGUUUUCAUUCAUACUAUAAUAAUUGGAGCAGCUUGUAUACCUACUAGUUUUUGGCUACCUUUGUGUGUGCAUAAACUAGGAGCUAAAUUUUUCUUAGUAUUUAGCUUGGUUGUAGCCGCAGCAGUGACGUUGGGUCUAUACUUCGUUCAGACUGCUCUCCAAAAUUUAAUAUUGUCCUGUAUAUUCGAGGCUCUGACAUCACUAGGAAUCAGCACAGUAUACUGUGUUAUGGUUGAUUUGUUUCCUACAAAUCUGAGAGUCAUGGCAGCUGCAUUAUCUUUGACUUUUGGUAGAGGUGGCGCUUUGCUGGGAAACCUUUUAUUUGGAUUCUUAAUAGACCUUAAUUGUAUAGUUCCCAUAGUAGUCUUUGCUGCUAUGCUUUUUGUGAGUGGAUUAUUGUGCUUCUUGUUGCCAAGUACUGGAGCAGAAGCUUUGGAGUGAACAGUGAUUGAAAAUUCUAUUUAUUUAUUUUACUAUAUAAAGCGAUUGACACAUGAUAUAAUAACUAACUUUCUACAAGUUAAAUAUGGUGGACUAUAAAAGUCACAAUAAGAAGUAUUACGCAUAUUUUUAUUGGUGAUUAGAAAUUUUACAUAUUUUAUAUGUGUAAUAUUUCAAACACAAUUGUCCACUACAUCUGAUGCGCAUUUGUUAUAUUUAUUUUGA